UGCAUAAAAAGGCUCAAGUGCACGAGGAAGAGGAAGCAAGCAAAGGAAGAGGACACAUCAGCUCAGCACAUAGCAACAACACAACACUUGUUGAGCCAUCUGCAAGGACACUGGACAAGAGCCAAGGCAGAAUCUAACCUUGAGUAGGUGGACUUAUCAGCGCCUUCUUUGGACCUUGCUCCCACGCGUAUGUGGAGAGGCCACUUUGAUCGCUAGCAAAGAAAGUCCUGGGCUGCGCCUCUUCUCCUCGUGAAAGGGACUGGAAAUGCUAAGAACGAGGACAAUAUUUUAGAUUGCAGGGUGAAGAACAGCCUGACUCGGCAUCAAGCUCCAUUUGUAUUUCCUGGAGCUGUUGAUAAUGAACUUUGGAAAACAUAUGGCAGGAGACCAUUUGAGAUAGCCACAGACAUUUCGGAGAGCCAUUUGGCUUGGCCUGGUUCAAAUCCUAACCAGGCUGCAGAAUUAAAAAAAAAAAAAAAAAAAAGUGUGAGCCAAACACAGACGGGAUGUCCUUUAGUCCGCUUCCAUCAGAAGAGCCCUCCAACGGCCGCCCCCCGUCGGUCAAGGCCGAAAAAUCUCAGGAGUCCAUGAAGCUGAAAAAGGAGAUCUCCCUUGUCAACGGGGUUUGCUUGAUCGUGGGCAACAUGAUCGGCUCGGGCAUCUUCGUGUCCCCCAAGGGCGUCCUCAUCCACAGCGCCUCCUACGGCCUGUCCCUGGUGGUGUGGACGGUCGGCGGUAUCUUCUCCGUCUUCGGCGCGCUGUGCUACGCUGAGCUGGGGACCACCAUCACUAAAUCGGGGGCUUCCUACGCGUACAUUCUGGAGGCUUUCGGGGGCUUCCUAGCUUUCAUCCGCCUUUGGACAUCGCUGCUUAUCAUCGAGCCCACCAGCCAAGCCGUCAUUGCCAUCACCUUCUCCAACUACAUGGUGCAACCCAUCUUCCCCACCUGCAUAGCGCCCUACGUGGCCAACCGGCUGCUGGCGGCCGCUUGCAUUUGUUUGCUAACCUUUGUCAACUGUGCCUAUGUGAAAUGGGGAACCAGAGUUCAAGACUUCUUCACCUACGCCAAAGUCAUUGCCCUCAUUGCGGUCAUCAUCACAGGCCUGGUCAAGAUCUUCCAAGGUCAUACACAGAACUUUGAGGGCCUCUUCGAUGGAUCGUCUCAGGAUCCUGGAGACAUCGCUUUGGCUCUCUACUCUGCUUUGUUCUCCUACUCCGGAUGGGACACGCUCAACUUUGUCACAGAGGAGAUCAAGAACCCAGAAAGAAAUCUGCCCCUGGCCAUCGCUAUUUCCAUGCCCAUCGUGACGGUUAUCUACAUUUUGACAAACGUGGCCUAUUAUGCCAUUCUGCCCAUGAACGCCAUCUUGGAUAGCGACGCCGUCGCUGUGACGUUUGCGGACCAAGUGUUUGGUGUGAUGAACUGGACCAUUCCCUUGGCAGUGGCGCUGUCCUGCUUCGGAGGACUCAACGCUUCCAUCCUGGCGUCCUCUCGGCUGUUCUUCGUGGGCUCCAGAGAAGGGCACCUCCCCGAUAACCUGUGUAUGAUCCAUGUGCACCGCUACACGCCCAUCCCGGCGCUGCUUUUCAACGGCAUCAUGGCGCUCAUCUACUUGUGUGUGGAGGACGUCUUCAGGCUCAUUAACUACUACAGCUUCAGCUACUGGUUCUUUGUGGGCCUUUCCAUUCUGGGGCAACUGUACCUGCGCUGGAAGCAGCCAGACAGGAAAAGGCCGCUGAAGCUCAGCCUCGUCUAUCCCAUCAUUUUCUGCCUGCUCAGCAUCUUCCUGGUAGUGGUGCCCCUGUACAGUGACACCGUCAAUUCCUUGAUUGGCAUCGGCAUCGCACUGUCUGGUGUGCCCGUUUACUUCCUCUGCUGCUACACUCCUGCCCACAAGAGGCCCGCGUGGUUACGGAGAAUCAUUGCUCAGUCCGGAGCGCUCAUUCAGAAGGUGUGCUUCUCGGUUUUAACAGAAAUGGACGUCGAUCAUGAUGAUUGAAAACGCACACACCAACACACACAUGUACACAGCUCUUGUGAUGAACAUGGGUUUUCUAGGAGAUAUAAGUGUGGCAUCGCAUGAUGUGAGAGAUUUAUUUUUAAAUGGACUGCUUUUUUGAGAUGACAAUUAUUAUAUGUUACUCCAACCACUGUUCUUCAUGGUCUUUCGAACAUUGAGAGUGCUGGUGGAGCUAUUUAUAAUAAAACAAUGAGAAAGGA